CCGGAGACAGCACAUCCACCCAGGCAUUGGCGGUCGUGCUCAGGUCCUGACCUCCGCCCUCUCAGGGUCCUCAGAGCCCAGAAGGAGCAGGAAAUGGCAGAUGAGGCGCUUUUCUUGCUUCUCCACAACGAGAUGGUGACCACCUUCUACAAGUCCGCGGAGCAGGAGGAGGUGGAAAAUGGAAGGUGCAUUACUAAGCUGGAGAACAUGGGUUUUAGAGUGGGACAAGGAUUGAUAGAAAGGUUUACAAAGGACACUGCAUUGUUCAAGGAUGAGUUAGAGAUCAUGAACUUCAUUUGCAAAGAUUUUUGGACCACCGUUUUCAAGAAACAAAUUGAUAAUCUAAGGACAAAUCAUGAGGGUAUCUAUGUGCUUCAAGACAACAAAUUUCAACUCCUGACUCAGAUGUCUUCAGGAAAACAGUAUUUAGAUCAAGCACCUAAGUAUUUAGCAUUUACAUGUGGCUUAAUGCGAGGUAGCUUAUCAAAUUUGGGAAUAAAAAGUAUUGUGACGGUGGAAGUGUCAGCAAUGCCAGCAUGUAUAUUUCAAGUGAUGAUACAGAAGAUGUAG